CUUAACUGUGAUGUCUCUUAAAAAUUUCUUAGAUCCAUGUAAAUCUAGAUUAAGUAUUUCUCCAAGGCGAAUGGUCAGUGUCAUAGUUCGCUGUGCCUUCUUCUCUCUCAUCGCUCCAUGAGUAGCAGCCAGGUCCUAGGGUUCCUCUCCUUUAUCGUAUAAAUCCUCCCCAAAAUUCUCCAUUUUCUACUUUCUUCAGAUCUCACAUUAAACCACCUGAGGAGGAUAAGCCUAACACUUCCAUGGCCAAAACCAGACCAGGCCUCAUCUCCAAGCCCAAACCUGGCAAAAGAGAACUCGACUCCUACACCAUUCGCGGCACCAACAAAGUCGUCAAAGUGGGGGAUUGCGUGUUGAUGAGACCAUCGGACACCGGAAAGCCACCAUACGUGGCGAAAAUCGAGGGGAUCGAGACCGACAGCAGAAACAAUGUUAAGGUAAGGGUGAGGUGGUACUAUCGGCCUGAGGAGGCGCUGGGUGGCCGCAGGCAGUUUCACGGUGCCAAGGAGCUCUUCUUAUCCGACCAUUAUGAUGUGCAGAGUGCUCACACUAUUGAAGGGAAGUGUGUAGUUCACUCUUUUAAGAAUUAUACCAAGCUUGAGAAUGUUGGGGCCGAGGAUUAUUAUUGUAGGUUUGAGUAUAAGGCUGCUACGGGAGGCUUCACGCCUGACCGCGUGGCUGUGUAUUGUAAAUGCGAGAUGCCAUAUAACCCGGAUGAUCUUAUGGUGGAAUGCGAAGGUUGCAAGGAUUGGUAUCAUCCUGCUUGUGUAGGCAUGACCAUUGAAGACGCAAAGAAGUUAGAUCACUUUGUUUGUUCUGAAUGUUCAUCAGAUGAUACCAAAAGACCACAUAAUGGGUUUUCUUCAUCACCAGAAGCUGAUGGCAAGGUAGAGACCAAGCGACGGAAGAGAUAGAAUGCAGUAGGGGAUUAGCAAAAUGCAUAGGAAGAUGGGGAUUCUAGCAGAUUUAGCUUUUAGAGUGCUCUCAGUGUGGGAUGUAUAGUGCUGAAAACAAUAGCGUGAUUUGUCCAAUCUAUGGGUCGUCUGUAAUUUAUAUGUUUCUUGUGGUAUAUAUAGCUGUUCUAAGUUUAGGACAUAAUUUUGUUACUGAUCUAUCCAGAAAAGAGGUUUCAUUUUGCUCA